AUGACAAGUGAAAACACAAAUUUUGAACUUGAGAUUAGUGAUGAUGGAAAUGACGCUGAUGAGUUUUUACAGAAGGCUUCUCAAAUUGCAAGUGAAACUGCUUUUCUUGAAGAUGAUGGGUUUAUUCAAAAUCCUAUUCAAAAUAGUGAGUCAACAUUAACUUCUAACUCUACUAUUAAUGGCCCUCAGUCUGAAACAGAAAAAGAACAAAAAAAUACCACACAACAACCAAUCGAUUUAGAAAAUGAACUCCCUUUACUUGAAGAAUUAGGUAUUGACUUUAAUAAAAUUGGUAAAAAAAUGGUUCAAAGUUUAAAUCCAUUCUCAACACCAGAUGUAAGUGAGAGUGAUGUUAUUGGUUCAAUAAUUAUUUCAUUUGCACUAGGAAUAGUUAUUUUAUUAAAUGGUAAAUUAAGAUUUGGAAACAUUUAUGGAUUUAGUAUUAUAGCUUCUUUUGUUGAAUAUUUAGUAAUGAAUCUAUUGUCUAAUAAAAAUAUGAAUUAUUUAUUAAUAUUCACUCACUUUACUUAUAAUCUUUUCCCAAUGACCUUUUUUGGGUUAAUAUUAUUCCUCUUGAAUAGUUUUAAAGCCACAAAUUAA